CACGCAUUUAACGGUCGCUGCCCGUGGCCUCGGAAAAAAGCAAUUAAACAAAAAAAAAAGGAAAAACAGAAAUAAAAACCAAUUGGAAACACAAUAUGCAAGGAACCCAGAAAGCCAGACCCCAUUGAGGGAGAUACAGACAGAUUCUUCUUCUGUAUUUCUCUGUGUACGUAUUACACAGAAACUGAGCAAAACCUUGGUUUUCUCUCUCUAGGAGCAGUUCAAGGUUUGCGUUUUCAUCAUCGUCCACCUCAAAGAUGAACAAGUUGGGUAAAGGGCAACGCGAUAAGCUCCAGCAGUUCAUCAUGAUAACUGGAGCGAGUGAAAAAGUGGCUCUGCAGGUUCUGAAGGAGAGUGAUUGGCAUCUUGAAGGAGCGUUUGAUAUCUUCUACACUCAGCCCCAGCUGCAAGCAGAGACUGAUUCUAAUACUGAUUCUAAUACUAAUUCUAGACAAUUGGAGGAAUUAUACAAUACAUAUAAAGAUCCAGAUGUUGAUAUGAUACUUGUUGAUGGUAUCAGCCUCCUUUGCAAUGAUCUUCAGGUGGAUCCUCAAGAUAUAGUCAUGUUAGUUGUUUCUUGGCACAUGAAGGCAGCUACCAUGUGUGAAUUUUCCAAAGAGGAGUUCGUAGAGGGAUUAGAACCACUAGGGAUAGAUUCUUUGGACAAGUUUCGUGAAAAGAUACCAUUUAUGAGAUCCGAGCUGAAAGAUGAACAAAAGUUUCGAGAGGUAUAUAAUUUUGCUUUUGACUGGGCAAAAGAAAAGGGUCAGAAAUCUUUGGCAUUGGAUACUGCAAUUGGAAUGUGGCAAUUAGUGUUUGCUGAAAAGCAGUGGCCGUAUGUUGAACAUUGGUGUCAGUUCUUACCGGCUCGGCAUAACAAGGCCAUUUCGAGGGACACAUGGUCUCAACUAUUGGAGUUUGCAACGGCUGUGGAUCCGUCACUGUCAAACUAUGACGCGGAAGGUGCCUGGCCAUAUCUGAUUGACGAAUUUGUCGAGUACUUGAAGGAGAACGGAGCAAUCCAAAAGGGUUAAUUGCCUGAAUGGAGCCAGAACUGAUUAGGACUGCUUUUUGGUGAAUUAGAAGUCUCUCAGCUUAUUACUGUGAUUGAGGAGUACUGCCCUGUAAUUGAACUCGGUUCGUCUUCAAAACACGACGACCAAAACCUCGCUCUAAAAUAUAUGAUUUUUACACUUUACAAUCGGUUAGAUCGUUGGUCUGGAAUGUAUAUUAUCUGGUACAAUUUUUGCCUCUUUGUUUCGUGGAAUAUCUAGUACAAUAUCUGAAUAAGUGAAGCCAGCAUCUGGAACUUA